AUGUCCAACAGCAGCUCCAUCAGGCACUUCCUCCUGCUGGCAUUGGCAGACAUGCGGCAGCUGCAGCUCCUGCACUUCUGCCUCUUGCUGGGCAUCUCCCUGGCUGCCCUCCUGGGCAACGGCCUCAUCAUCACCGCCGUAGCCUGCGGCCACCACUUGCACACGCCCAUGUUCUUCUUGCUGCUCAACCUGGCUCUCGCUGACCUGGGCUGCAUCUGCACCACUGUCCCCAAAGCCAUGCACAAUUCCCUCUGGGACACCAGGGACAUCUCUUAUACAGGAUGUGCUGCACAGCUCUUUUUCUUUGUGUUCUUCAUUGGAACAGAGUUUUCUCUCCUGACUGUCAUGUGCUACGACCGCUAUGUGUCCAUCUGCAAACCCCUGCACUACAGGACCCUCCUAGGCAGCAGAGCUUGUGCCCACAUGGCAGCAGCUGCCUGGGCCAGUGGCUUUCUCACUGCUCUCAUGCACACAGCCAGUACAUUUUCCCUGCCCCUGUGCCAUGGUAAUGCCCUAGGCCAGUUCUUCUGUGAAAUCCCACAGAUCCUCAAGCUCUCCUGCUUCAAUUUGUACCUCAGAGAACUUGGAUUUCUAGUGUUUUCCAUCUCCUUAGGACUGGGAUGUUCUGUGCUCAUUGUAUUUUCCUAUGUGCAGAUCUUCAAGGCUGUGCUGAGGAUCCCCUCUGAGCAGGGAUGGCACAAAGCCUUUUCCACCUGCCUCCCUCACCUGGCCGUGGUCUCCCUGUUCCUCAGCACUAUCAUAUUUUCCUAUCUGAAGCCCCCAUCCAUGUCCUCCCCAUCCCUCAAUCUGGUUCUUUCAGUUUCGUACUCGGUGGUGCCUCCAGCCCUGAACCCCCUCAUCUACAGCCUGAGGAACCAGGAGCUCAAGGCUGCAGUUUGGAGAUUGAUGACUGCAUGCUUUCAGGGACAGAGGAUCCUUGUGCUCAAGGAGUUCUCAGCAGACGGCCUGCACCCCGAGAGGAGUCUGGGCCUUCCCUUGGGUGGCAUUCAGUGUGCAAACCCGCACAGUGCUGCCAAAAUGAUCGGGCAGGUCUGUGCCUCGGUUUGCACGGUCUUUUCUCUUGUCUAUUCUGGCUACUACCUGACCCAGCUGACUCCAGCAUCAGCUAAAAAGGGGACAUCUCUAUACUGGGUGGCGGGUGCAGAGUAUUUGCCGUGCAACCUGCAGCGGUUGCCUUCCCUCCCCGAGAGAGUGCACGGCAGCGGAGGCUCAACAGCAGGGUCAGCAGCUCCUCUGCCUGGCUCUGUCAUUGAGGAAGAGGCUGAAGAGGAGCAAAGGAACAUCAAGCCUCCAGCUGCUGUCCCUCCACAGCCUGAAUGUGCAGAGCCACUCAACACAGGCUCUGCAAUUCAACCUGGUGCCACCGGAGCAGCGUGGCCUGCAGCAGCUAGCUCGCCCCCGCUGCUGGUAGCAUUGAGCCCUGCCUGGCCCAGGAGACAGCAGAGAUGCAUCCCUGUGCACAGUAGGAUCCAGGAGCCAGCAAGUAGCACCGGCACGAGUCUUGUGGCGCUGGAAGAAAACCCCGGAGCGUUUCCCUGUGGCUGUGGCACGGAGGAGAGAGCGCAGCUGGAGAGAUGCUUCCGCUGGUCCCUGUGA